AUGGUCACCUCCGAGUCCGUGAUGCUGUACCGUCAGGAGGCGCCGGUGCUGGCCAGCUGUUUCUCGACUGACAGCACCAAGUUCUUUGCCGGUGGCUGCAGCAACACGGUCAUGGCGUACGACCUCGUCAGCCGUAACCCGACCGGCAUGCUGGUGGCGAAACAUGACAAGCCGGUCAUAGGAGUCUACUGGGUGCAAAAGUUUAACGCCAUAAUGACCACGAGCUGGGACGGCAAAAUAUGCAUGUGGGACGGCAGGCAGCAGCAACCGGUGUGGUCUGAGAACAUCGAGACCAAGAUUUUCACCUCACAUUUCAGACCGAACAUUGCGUGUGUCGCCGGGAGCAACGGAAAGAUUCACGCGUGGAAUUUGGACAAUAUCCAGCACGCGAAAAGCAGGGUCACGUUGGACUCCAUCCUCAAGACCCAAGUGCGUUCGCUUUGCCUCUUCCCCAACGUGACUGACAAGUCUGGGAUUGUGUACACGUCAAUUGGCGGCCGCGCGGUCGUGAGCUACUUCAUGGAGGAGAACAGGUCGCAGAACUUCUCUUUCAAGUGCCACCGGCAGGACGUGCCGGGCAAGUCCACGCAGAUAUACGCGGUCAACGCGGUGGACUUCCACAACAUCCACGGCACCUUCGUCACUGGUGGUGGCGACGGCAACUUCACCAUAUGGGACAAGGAACACAGGUCGCGUGUGAAGACAUUCAACAACGUCGACUCCCCCGUCGUCGACGUCAAGCUGCACUCCGAAACGAACAUGCUGGCGUACGCCACCAGCUACGACUGGUACAAGGGCUUCGAUCAGGACCUGUUAAUGAAGAGCAGACGUCAAAUCGGGAUUAUGCAGCAUACGGCUGCCACACCAGCCGCUUGCUGUGGAUUUCCUGCCGGAGCUGCGAGGGUAGGCCUGCGGUUGUCACACACUAGUGCUUCCAGGCGUCGUGAACCAUCCGGGGAUGUCGUUUUCAGGCACCUGGCCUGCGGCCUGCAGUCGGAACCCGACGACAAGGUCGCUCUUUACGUGCUGGAGGUUGCUCUGCCGUCGGAGCCCUUGAAGGAGGAGAUUCGUCGCUACAGCAACUGCGUGGACUACGAGGGGUUCCCGCUUCCCGGCCACCCCGAGCCGAUGUACCAGUGUGUCACCAAGGCGGAGCUGGACUCCGGCAUACACAGCCUGAGGUCGCACAGCUACGACGACAACUGUUACCUAGCCGCCAAACAGAAGGACGGUGCGUCCGGAGCACAGAUUCCACAUCUCCAUGCAGUGUUCGUCUACAAGAUCGAUGGCGGUGCCAACGAGGAAGGGGACAUGAAGCCGUUGCUCGAAUUUAAGGAUCACAAUGACGAGGGCUACGGUCUCGCAUUUCACAAGAUACGGCCCAUCCUGGGGUCCUGUUCCGAGGACGGUCUCUUCAACGUCUGGGAUCUUUCGGCGGGCGUACUUACGUACCAGUUCCACUCACUUGAGGGGCUCAACUCCGUGGAGUUGCUCGAGCACGAGAACCAGGCGCUCGUCGCCUCGGAGGACGGCCACGUGCUGAUCAUGGACCUAAGGCAGCCUAAUGUUGCCGCGAAAACUGGCAAGGCCGACGGCGCCGUCAACAGCGUUACGAACCACUGCAUCAACACCGACAUCUUCGCCUCCGGAACCACCAACGGGGUUGUACACUUGUGGGACCUGCGUAGGCUUGACUCGCCUUUGCGCGAGAUCCAGGCGCACAAGUCGCCCAUAAUCAAGCUCCAGUUCAACAACUUAUGCCCCACUCUGAUUGCCAGCGCCGCUGAGGACGCCACCGUGCGCGUCUUCGACCUGGAGGCCUCCGAGAGCGACGAAGAGGAUGAAGCGUCUCCCAGCAACGACGACGAGGGUGACGAGAGCGAGCCCAACGAGCUGCUGUUCACGCACACCGGGCACCGCGAGAACGUCUACGACUUCUGCUGGGGUACUGACGGAGUUACUGAGACGUACAUUGCCUCCGUGGGCGAUGACUAUGGUCUCCAGCUUUGGCAGAUGACCGACGAUGUGCUGGACUUCUCGGACGAGGAGACCAGUUAA